UCCAGUCUCCCAGUUCUUAUCAUCUCCGGCCUGUCAGGGGUGUGGUGAACACAGCGUUCUAAAAUAUCAGAAUCCUGCGUUUCUCUUAUAUUGCAGUAGGCAACUUGUGGUUUACUAACAGGUAUUAACUGGUAGUUUUGUUUUGCCAGUUAUUCUAAAGGGCUAGUGUGAGUAAUUACACAUUUUGUAAAAAGAAAUAACUAGGUUAUUAAUGUCCCUCUUUCAGGUCGGCCUUAACGUUUCUAACUAUAGAGAACACAGGCUUCUAGGCCCUAAUCCCACAGAACCUAGCUUUGUGACCAACUGUCAAAUUGUGCUUCCUGUGUGCUGCCUGGUGAACCUGUGAACUGCCGGUACAACAUUUGAACAGCAAGGCCUUCAUUUAUGACUUUUAAGUAAAACUCAGUUUAGGCAUGAGAUAAAUGUCCAAAACCACUUUCUUGGCAAAAUUACUAUGAUAGCAUGUCUUAAGUCGGAAUCCGCUGUGACUUCGUUGCCGCGGCCUUCAAUCUCUGGAUCACUAACUUGGAGGAAUUUAUUCACUCUCCCUUUCUUUGGAACUGGACUGCAAUCUAGCCCGCCAGGAGGGCAAGGGUCGCCCGCUGCUGCUGCUGCUGCUGCUGCUGCUGCUGCUGCUGCUGCUUCGCUGUCCUUAUCUCAGGCGGCCCGUGCAGCUAAACAAACUCUGCUGGAGGUCUUGAUAGGCAAAUUUGUGAGCCCCUAUCUAGGAGCUCAAACCAACUCUCUCCAACCCCCACUUGCCUGUGUUCCCCUCCGGCGCCCCCGAAAGCGCAGCCCCUGGUAGCGCUGGGCAGGUUCGGACCCCCCUUCCGGCGACCUCUCGGCGAGCCUGUGCCCGAACCGCCGUCUUUGGGUGGACCGCGGCCGCCCAGGGAAGAGUCGAGCUCCAGGACCGACAGGGCCCGGUCUCCAUCGGCAGCAGCGGCUUUCAGAGGAGCUCGCUCCGCUCCGGCAACUCGGGCACCCGGUCCUCCAGCCGCGAAGAUGUCGGCCUCCAACGUCAGCUUGCUGCGCGAGACUUCCCGGCAGGUCGUGGCCGGAGGGGCUGCAGGUCUUACAGAAAUUUGCCUGAUGCACCCUCUGGACGUGGUGAAAACCAGGUUCCAGGUUCAGAGAAGUAUAACGGACCCACAAAGUUACAAAAGCUUAGGUGACAGCUUCCGGAUGAUCUUCCGAACAGAGGGGUUUUUUGGCUUUUACAAAGGAAUUCUACCACCCAUUUUAGCUGAAACACCAAAAAGAGCUGUCAAGUUUUCCACCUUUGAGCAGUACAAGAAAUUGCUGGGAUCUGUGUCACUAUCACCGGGGCUGACAUUUGCCAUUGCUGGACUUGGAUCUGGACUAACAGAAGCCGUUGUGGUCAACCCUUUCGAGGUGGUAAAAGUUGGUUUGCAGGUCAAUAGGAACACGUUCACAGAGCAACCAUCUACUUUUGCUUAUGCAAGACAAAUCAUUAAGAAGGAAGGCUUGGGCCUCAGGGGCCUGAACAAAGGAUUUACGGCAACUCUGGGACGUCAUGGAAUUUUCAACAUGGUUUAUUUUGGCUUCUACCACAACGUCCGAAACAUGAUUCCAGCUAGUAAGGACUCUGUGUGGAAUGUCCUCUUAAAGCCACCAGAGCCUAAUCACAAAGGUCUACGAGAUGGGCAGGGGUUCCCUGUUUAUCAAGCCAGCAGCCAGUUGGCCAGUUACUACAUCGGAGCCCAGGCUAGAGAAGAAUAUUGUGCCCCUUUCUCUCUCUUCUGUUACAGGAUUUUAGCCUUAUACAAAGGUCUGCUUCCCAAGGUGAUGAGGCUUGGACCAGGUGGUGCGGUGAUGCUGCUGGUGUAUGAAUACACCUAUGAGUGGCUGCAGAAGAACUGGUGACGGACGAAGACGUGUCUCCCCCUUGACAUAACAGAGAUGUGGUCUGCAGUCCCAUGAAGGGGAGACAAGUCAGCGAAGCGAGACGUAGAGUAAAGAAGGGAGGACAGCCUGUUCUGAUGUUUUAAAAAAGUUUUAGACAAAUUGACCUGGCCCUGUGGGCCAUAGACACAGCACUGUGAGAAGGAGAGGAGUGUGUAAGUUAGGCAGAAGUAGGGGAGAGAUCAGCCACACUUCAUAAAAGCUACACCAACUGUGUGACUCAGACUGUGUCACAAUGGAGACUCAUCCAAUCCUUUUGCUGAGAAGGCUAUAAGCACUUAAACCCUUGAAAAUACAUUGUUCUGUGGCUAAUUCCCUGAGAAUGAUUUAAGAAAAAAAAAGACUGAGUUAUAAGCUGAACUUUAAAUGCUUUUUAUAAGGAAUUACUUUUCCAUAAAUCAUAUUUUAAAACAGAAGAAAGAAAAAAAUUAAAUACACCAAAACAGCCUUUCAAGAAUGUUUAGUUUUGUGAGUGCUGUGUUAAAAUGUGAAUCUACUGGUUUUCUUCAGUAAUAACACACAGGGUCUAUUUUCCUAAGUGUAUUUUAUAUUUCAGGUGGUGGUUUAAGUGGGUUAUUUUUAAAUCAUGCAAUUUGAAGUCUUUUAUUACAAAUAGAAUACAUGAUAUUAUACUAAACUGAUCUCCUUUAUGUAAUUCACUUUGAAGACAAGUUUUAUGACUGAAAUAUCUUUAUUUUACGUCACGAAUUGGAUGCACUCCUUGGACGCUUCUCUGUGUCUGUGUUUGCCUUCCCACACCUCUGUCCUGAGCCCUUGUCUAUGUCGUUCUUAAAAAGGAUGUAGGGAAAUAAAACUAUUCUCCAGACUCUUGGGUUUAAGUGACAUCUUUAAAUAUGAAAUCAAUUGUCUAGAAUAUUAAAAUGUCUGUGACAAAGGGAAAAAUCUCUCAAAAUGAAAAUACAUUCUUAGCAUUUCUAAGCAUUCAUGUAUUAAUAUGCACUCCAAAAAAAAAGAGAGAGAGAUAGCUUUUUGGUCUUGAUAUAACUAAAGCUUCUUUUUAAGUCUGCAUCCUCAAAUGAUACUACUUCAGUAGCUAAAGUCAACAAAAAAAUGUCAACAUGUUUUAGAUGUCACCUGUUCUUAACUACUACUGUGGGGUAUUUCUGCUAUGGGGGAUUCUCACCAAAACAUUUUGAAAAUAAACAGUAAAAAGGA